GUCACUUCCUUUAUCCAAGUGGUUCACGAUUCAACAUGGCUACCCGGUGGGGAAUCUGCGGCGCUGGGAAGAUUAGUAAUGAUUUCACUGUGGCUCUAAACACUCUGUCAGCAGACGAACACCAGGUUGUGGCUGUGGCAGCUCGCAACUUAGAAAAUGCACAAGAGUUUGCGAAAACGCACAGCAUCUCCAGAGUGCAUGGAAGCUACGAGGAGCUGGCCGCAGAUCCAGACGUAGAUGUGGUUUAUAUUGGAGUUAUACACCCGUACCACCUAUCCACUUGUUUGCUCUUUACAAAUGCGAAGAAGAAUGUGCUCUGUGAGAAGCCGCUGGCCAUGAACAGUAAAGAGGUGAAGGAGAUCCUGAGCUCAGCCAGGAGGAAUGACGUCUUCCUCAUGGAGGCGAUCUGGACCCGCUUUUUCCCAGCCUCUGUGGAGAUCAGAAGACUUCUGGCCCACGGGGAAGUGGGUGAGGUGCAGAUGGUCAAGGCAGAAUUCGGUGUCCCAUUGAUGGACGUACAGAGGUCAGUGAAGAAGGAAUUAGGGGGUGGAACCAUACUAGACCUGGGCAUCUACUGUCUGCAGUUCAUAUGCAUGGUGUACAAUGGAGAAAAGCCGGAGUGCAUUCAGGCCAUGGGAGUCUGCCAGGAGACAGGAGUGGAUGAGACCGUGGUGGUCACGCUGAAGUUCUCCUACAACAGAAUGGCUGUGUUCACUUGCUCAUCCAAGAUCCAGCUACAAAAUGAGGCCUCCAUUACAGGCACUAAAGGCACGAUCAGGGUCCCUGCCCACAUGUGGUGCCCGACCUCAUUAGUGGUGAAUGGUGUGGAGACUCAGUACCCGUUGCCAGAACCAUAUUUGCCUCUUAACUUCAUCUGCAGCACAGGGAUGCGAUAUGAGGCAGAUGAGGUUCGACAGUGUCUGCUUAAAGGGCUGAAGGAGAGUGCAGUUAUGUCUCAUGCUGACUCCCUUCUGUUGGCAGAGGUGGAGGAUGGGAUCCGGAGGCAGGUUGGAGUCGUGUAUGAGCAGGAUGCCAAGUAACAAAAUACACACAUUUAGGGUGUGAUUACCUAACAACUAUGAUAAAAUAUGUGCAAUGCAACAGGUACAUUUGUUUACUGGUAAAACUUGACCUCAAUACAUGAAAACAACGUACUGUAUUUUCCGAACUAUACUUGGCUCUGGAGUAUUUGUUGCAUUUGGUAAAGUCCUUGUGUUAGAGAUCUUCAAAAAUAAAACUCUCAAAAAUGAAUAAAAA